AUAGCCUCAACGUAGCCUCAUUUCCAUUCCCUCCCUCUCUCUCCCUCCCACCAUCGCCUAUCCCACUCUCCAGGCACCCCAUAUCUGUUUCUCUCUUUUCUCUCACCGGAAGCCUGGAGACCAGCACACCGAGUUGACUUUGGUUUUUUCAUCAACUUUAUAAACUUUUAUUUUUUUACCUGGAAUUAAAUAAAAAGACGGAAAAGUUUCAUAUUUGUUGACCAAAUCAGCAGAAACUAAGAAAAAGGAGCAUUUGACAAACCAAAGCAGGUGAACAGAACACUAAUACAGAGUGAUGAGUCGCAGUAUUGUGCGCCAGAGUAAGUUCCGGCAUGUUUUUGGUCAACCUGCGAAAGCCGAGCAGAGCUACGAUGACAUUCGGGUUUCCAAGGUGACAUGGGACAGCUCGUUCUGUGCGGUCAACCCGAAGUUCCUGGCAGUUAUUGUGGAGUCCAGUGGAGGAGGAGCAUUUUUGGUUUUGCCCCUUUCAAAGGUGGGACGUGUGGACAAGAAUUAUCCCCUGGUGGUGGGACACUCAGGGCCCGUCCUGGACAUUGACUGGUGUCCCCACAAUGACAACAUCUUGGCAAGUGGCUCUGAAGAUACCACUGCCAUGGUAUGGCAGAUCCCAGACCACACUCCAACACGUCCCAUCAGUGAGCCCAUUGUGGUGCUGGAGGGCCACUCCAAGCGCGUGGGCAUCGUCAGCUGGCACCCCACUGCCCGCAACGUCCUUCUCACUGCAGGCAGUGACAAUCUGAUCAUAAUCUGGAAUGUGGGCACCGGAGAGGCUUUGAUCUCGAUGGACGAUCACCCAGACCUCAUCUACAACGUCAGCUGGAACCACAACGGAAGCCUGUUUUGUACAACUUGCAAAGACCGCCGUGUUCGUGUUUGCGACCCUCGCAAGAGAGAGGUGGUGGCUGAGAGACUGGCACCACAUGAAGGCAUCAGGCCCAUGAGAGCCAUCUUCACCAAAGAGGGUAACAUCUUCACUACAGGCUUUACCAGAAUGAGUCAAAGGGAGCUUGGUCUCUGGGACCCGACAAACUUCGAGGAACCCAUUGCACUUUUGGAGCUGGACACAAGUAAUGGGGUCUUAUUGCCAUUUUAUGAUUCGGACACCAGCCUGGUAUAUCUAUGUGGUAAGGGGGACAGCAGCAUUCGCUAUUUCGAGAUCACAGACGAGCCACCCUAUGUGCACUACCUCAGCACAUACAGUAGCAAGGAGCCACAGCGAGGCAUGGGUUUCAUGCCUAAGAGAGGGGUUGAUGUUAGCAAGUGUGAGAUUGCCAGAUUGUACAAGCUUCAUGAGAGGAAGUGUGAGCCCAUCAUGAUGACAGUCCCUAGAAAGUCAGAUCUGUUCCAGGAUGACCUCUAUCCAGACACGGCAGGUCCAGAUCCUGCACUGGAGCCUGAAGAGUGGCUGGAGGGGCGCGAUGAAGACCCCCUCCUAGUCUCCCUGAGGGAUGGCUACAUUCCCCCAAAAAGCAGAGAGCUGAAGGUGGCUAAGAAGAAUGUUUUGGACACCAGGGCUGCGCCUCGCAGGAGCAUGUCGGCCGUCGAUGGAAGCAGCUUGCCACCUCAGUUGUUGGAAAAGCUAAUAGAGGAGAUUCAGAGUCUGAAGGCUGCAGUUCUCUCUCAAGAAAAGCGAAUCUGUGAUUUAGAGAAUAAGCUCUCCAAGUACUCCAACGGCACAGUCUGAAUGAUGCAGUAAAGCACAGUUACGCCUCUACACACACUGCCCAACCACCCUAACCCCUUUCUAUAUGCACACACAUAUUCCCUGUUACCACAACAUCCACCCAAGUGCAUUCAUGGCUAAACAAUUUCAGAUAACGAGGCUAUGAGUGCCAGUUAAAAUGCUUUUACUAACGCCUUACAUCUUUCCCAAAUGUAGAAUAUAAAAGGAUCAUUAUUGCACAACUUGGCAACCUAAAGCCAACUUGAAUCAAAAUGGUAUACACUUAGCAGCCAUCUUAAUAUGAACCACCUUCAUACCAUGCAAUUAUCCAAUCAGCCAAUCAUUUGACAGGUGCAUAAUAAUGGGGCAGAUACAUCGGAAGAACAUCACCAGUCCAGUUUAAGUGAGUCUGUACCCCAAAAGCCUGAUUUCUGUGGGAACCCAAUAGAAACUUCUCCUCGUGUUUUGACGUAUUGAGAUACUCUAUAUGGAUACGGUUGUGGAAAACAUCCCAUUCCACAUUUUGUCAUUAAACCCUCCAACCUUCUGGGAAGAUGUUCCACUAGAUUUUGGAGUGUGGUGCCACAAGGGUGUUAGUAAAAUUAUGUACUGUUGUAGGUGAG